AUGCCACUUCCAAAUCUACGAAUGCCAUCAACGAGUCCAGCCCGUAUCAAAAAUUUAAUACACGGCGCUCAAGCCGUUCUCAUUUUCUUUGCAUGGGUACUUACGAUUGCUGUGUUUACAAAAUCAGGCGGUAUCGAUGGCCGGACUGGGUGGUAUUUCGGCAUCUGCUGGCUAUCUAUCCCUGCUCUGAUCUAUCUCGUCGCUGUGCCGACGUUUCCCCGUGCGCGACGCUUUGGUAAUGUCUACGCUUUUGCUACGGUUGACGCAUUGAUGAUUAUAUUAUGGUUCAGUGGAUGGGUCGCUGUCGCUUCAUAUGUCGCCGAGGGCAAGAGUAAAGGCGAAAAAGAUCAGAAAGAUGCCAAGGACAAAAAGUCCGGUUGUGAUGCUUUUGCCUAUGGAAGUGCAUCCAAGUGCAACGUCAGCACUGCAACAGUGAUUUUUGGAGUUGUCAUUUUCCUCCUAUUUAUUUCUACUGCAUACUUCUCCUUCCGAAAUGUGGCCUAUUUCCGCCGCACAGGAACAAUGCCCGACGCCGUCUCGGACCCAACUUUCGACGCCCAAACCAAGGCGGCCUUCUCUUCAAACCCAGCGCACGAUUUUGAAGAAGAGGACGAACUCCGACCUGGACGCGGCGGUGGUCUCGGCGGCGAGGGUCCCUCUCAUUAUGGCCAGGACCGCGAUGAAGAUUAUGCUUUGCUUCAACAGAGUGAAGCUGAUGAACUUGGCGGAUCGCAUCACGGAGGCGUGCAAGGUGCAUAUGACCCUACCUCAACACAUGGAGGGUCGGUAAUGCAUGAUUACGACACAAGUUACAACAGCGGCUAUACCUCGCGGUUUGAGGAGAAUACUACUGGUGGUUAUAGGGAUACUAGUUAUCAUUCUGCCACUGAAUACGGUCGAUGAUUUUGAACGCGUUUCAUCUUUCACGAAGGCAUGCCACAUUUUCUGUUGAUUUUUUCGCGAUUGAUUGUCAGUCAACGCAUGGAAUGUUUUGUAUUUCCAACGCCAUACCCGGUUUUGAGAUCUCUUAUAUUUGUAUGUUUUGGGGAUUUUGUAUUCUUAUGAUGGCGUUUAUAUCUCAGCAUGUUUGCCACUUUUCCUGAAGUU